GGUUCUGCUGGUCUGGUUGGAAGUAGAAAAAUUUAGGUUUUCUGAAAUUUUAAAGGGGUGUUUUUUAUAAAGAAGUUUCGGACUCGGCUAGUCAUCUUAUUGUGCUAAAGAGAAUGGGCUUUUCGUUUUGUUGGUUUAUUUUUUAAAAACUAUAAGGUCCUUAAAUAAGGCAGGUUCGCCCGGCUCGGUUCGGAGAGAUAUGAUUGUGAUUGCUGGAGUGGAGAUAUUUUGCGGAUUGUUAUUGGAAAUUGAUAGUUUGUAGUUUACGCCAAACAGUGAAUCAAAUAGUACCAAGAUGAAUUCCACUAUAGCCGAGAAGCUGUCAGAUGUACAGCGAUCCUCGGCAAAUCAAAUGGCGAGAUGUCAGACCUUGCUCAAAAGAUUGAAAGUAAUCCAGCUCCAAGAGUUGGAGGAGUAUGGAGAAAGGCAGAUGGAAUGUGCUGUUAAGCUUCUCGCAGAGACGAAGGGAGUCAAAUUGAAAGAAGCUAUCGUACCUGACUUUCUCCAGAAGCGAAAAUUACCAAUCCCACCAGCGGAUGCCUUUGAAGAAGAGGAUUUUGUUGAAAAGUUGGAUCCGUCACCGCCACCAGUUUACACGAAACAUGGCCUUGCUGAUUUAAGAGAUGUGGCGCAAAUGUUUCGACAAAAUAUUCGAGAACUUUUACUCUCUACAAUUCCACUUGGGACUGAUGAUGUGGAUACGGAUUCUUGUUCUGAAUAUGAAGAUGAGGUUCAGGCGACUGCCAGUACUAACAAUUGUACGAAUUGGAGGGAUGAUGAUUUGGUUUAUCUUCCUACAGGAAAGAAUCCAACAACUCCGUGGGCAAGAAAGCGUACGAAUCUUAAGGCCAGAUUUGCGUGGCUGAAGGACGCUGUCAGAACUGUUGAUCAGCGACUGAUGCAGCAUAAUAAGUUAUUGAAGUAUAUUAAAGAGUAUAAACCAUCUUUCAAGUUUGAUGAAAGACGCAAAAUCACUAAGCCAGUCAUUAUUGGUGGAAAUCUAGACUAUUCAACAAUUCAACUAUAUCGAGAACAGAGGAAUACUGAUAAAAUUCCCCACACCAUGAAGAAUAUUGUCAACCCAAUUUCCGGGAACGUUGUUAAACGGACGGACAACUUGAUGAAAACGAUCGACAAUCCAGAGAAGUCGGAGCGUAAUUUCAUACCACUACGACUGAGAAUUACCGAGUCAUGCGACCCCAAUUGUACGGCACGUCGAUGCAUUCCACUAUGCCGACCGAUCCGACGUAGAAAGGUACUUCAAAUUGGAGGUAUUCACAACGUAGUCGAGAAGCCCGGUCACCUUCCUUCUGCCCUAUGCAACUGUUUUGGACGGGAGGAGCUAUGCAUAAUAUGUUCUGGACGAUCUGACAAGAUCAAACGAGUGAGAAACGGUGCAAUGGCCAGAGCAGAAACUACAGCAUUGUUGGAUCAUAAUUAUCAUAAAGUGCUGUCGUCAUUAGAUGACAAACCAUUACGACUUUUGACCGAAGCAGCCCUCAAAAUUGCAAGUUCGGCUAAUCCAAAAAAGAUAUUACCAACAUAUGACAGCUCUGAUGAAGAAAGCAAACGUGCAUUUGCUGAAAGUUUUCUUCCUACUGCUCCGAUUCGACCUCAAAACGACAUAGUAGCAGAAGAGUCACCAGAAAUGAUUUCUCCCCGUCGACCUUCACCCGUUAAGAAAGUAGGAAAAACUGAGAGGAAAUCUACCAGAAGGAAGAAACGUACUAGUGACGACGAAGAAGACGAGGAGGAAGAAUUCGAGGUGAAUUGGGUACCCAAAAAGUCGUCGAAGCAAACCGAUUCUUCACAGAAAAAACGAAGGAUAGCAGAUGAAAAGUAUGACAUUGAUCAUAUUGUAAUUCCAUACAGCAUCGCGUCUACUACACGUGUGGAAAAGAUUGAAUACAAAGAAAUAGAUCUUCCAAGCUGGAGAACUAACCAGCUCCUACUUUCCAAAAACAAAAACAAAAAUAAAAACCCCGAACCUCCGAAAAAGAAUACUCGAAGAACACGAAAGUCACGAGCAACACCCGUCCCAGAAAUUGUUCAGAAACUUAGCGAACCACUCCUCGAAGAUAUUAGAUUAGAAACUAUCUUGGCUCGACAUGCGAGAAGUGAGGAGGAGGAAAAGAAACGAUUUCUGAAAGCCAUGCACGUGUUAUCAAAUAGACGUAGUCGUAAAAGUGAAACAAAAGGAGAAAAUACUGACAUUUCACAAGAUAUCUCGCCACCGCUUAAAGUGGAAAUUCCUGAUAACAUAUUUAUCAAGGAAGAAGUCGUGUCUCCAACUCUACCACCUACUACUGUUAAUCAGAUCAGUGCAGCAGAUGCUUCUUUGGCCGUUACAGCUUUAAAAAUUUCAGUUCCUAAUGCACAAUCCUCUACUGCUUCAUCUGGUCGUCGACGAACCGUAUCUAUUUGCAAGGUUGAAGAGGAAGAUCCAGAGGAGCCUGGUGUAGCUCCAUACGAGCCAAGGAAGUUCCCAUUGUCUGACGAAGAGUUUGCUGCUAUGGUGAAAGAAAUGGAUGAAUCAUACCUGGAAGAGCAAGCAAAGCGAGCACGGCGUGAAGCCCAGGUGGCAUUGAACAUCGCGACCAAAAUUGAAGGGAUUGAUGAAGAAUCUGACGAUGGUGGGAGCGAAAUGGAUGACCCUGACUGGCGAGAAGUUUCUGAACAUCAUUCCGUGAUUUCUUGAAAUACUGCAUAAAAGACUACAGCCCAUGAAGCUAUUUAAAAAAAUAAUAUGAAUUAAGUCUUUAGCUUUUUUUUGAAACCUUUCAUUUUAUUAACAAGCACAUGUAUUCACAAAUGUUAUAUUAUUUUACGAUUGCAAGACCUAAAUUUGAAUAAAAGUUUAAGCAUUUACAUAA